AUGGAGAUGCCAUAAAAUAAUAAAGCCAUUGGAACACAUUAAUAGGACAAUAUUUACGGGUACUUACUAUAAAAAUAAGAUAUAAAUGGAAAGUUCAAUUAUUCUUACUUUAUAAUUGGAGAAUUUUCUAUAUUCAUCUUAAUUAUGUUGAAUCAUUCAUAGUUUAUAUAAAAAUACUAUACGUAACUUAUCUCGCAAGAAAAAAUAAAUAUUAUAUAGCCUAAGGAAGAGAAGGAAGUAGAAUCUUUGGUUUCUGUCUUUAUAUAGGAAAUAACGAAGGUUGGAGAAUAUUUAGUAUAGAAUAUAUAUCAGGCCAGAAAACAUAAAUAAAAUAAGAAAAGAGUGUUGGCUGUAACUUCUGUUUUAUUUUGA